UCAUAUAUACAAUGUGUCCUUUACGUGUAUUAAAAUAAAAUAGCACGAGUUGGAGUUAUAUUUUCUAAUAUUGAGUUUAAUUUAAUAAAUUGGCUUCAUAAUUUGUGUUUUAAAAAUUUAAUAAUUGAUUUUAAAAUGGUCAAAUGGAUUGAAAAUUUGAAUAUUUAUAAUUACAUUGUUUAACACUUGUGAUAAAUAUAUUGUAUCCAACUGCCUCAUAACCUAAAAAGUUGUCAUAUUGUUUAAAUGUGAAAUAAGGAUCAAAUAAAUAUUUUUCUACGUUUAAUUAAGCUUUUAAUUAAUAAUGGCAACCCCAACUAAUGGAAAUGGAAAUUUAAUUGAUGAGUUUGAAGACUCGCUUCAACAAUGUAUGAAUAUAUUAACCAAAGAAGAAGGACUGACCAAUAAUAGUAUCGGAAGCAGUUUAGCCGUCGACAAGGAAGAAGCCAAAGCAGAAGUUGAACAAGUCGUUUCUCGUUUCAUUGAUCUCGCCCGGCAAACAGAGGCAUUUUUUCUCCAAAAGCGUUUUCUACUAUCAGCAUUGAAACCAGAGCUGCUCGUAAAAGAAGACAUCAGUGAACUGCGUCAGGAGUUAGCUCGAAAAGAUGAACUCAUCAAGAGACACUACGAUAAGAUAGCGACUUGGCAGCACUUGCUCGCUGAUUUACAAGGUUGGGACAAAUCAUUAGCCCAAGGAUCUGCUCCUAAUGGACUAGCUAAUGGUCAAGGUCCACAAGGGCCACCAGGCAAUGGAGCUCCAAACCCAGUUCUCCAGCAGCAGCAACAACAACAGCAACAGCAACAACAAAUGUUGCAUCAGCAACAAUUACAGCAACAACAGCAGCAGCUCCACAUGCAGCAGCACCAGAUGCAGCAACAACAACAACUUCAUCAACAACAGGUUCAACCAGGAGGUGCGGUGCCUCCAGGACUGCAGGGAGUUAGCGUGAACCCGCAAGGAAUGUUCAUGGGUCAAGGAGUACCUGGACGCGCGGGGUUCCCAGUCAGUGGAGUUCCAGGUGUCGGAGUUGGAAACAGCGCACUCCAGGGCCCACUCGCGUUCCUGGAGAAGACUACGAGCAAUAUAGGCAUGCCAGAGAGGCGGAGUUGACGCGGAAGGGGGAGGGGGCGAGGACGGGGUCGUGGUAGAGGCCGAGGACGAGGUCGUGGUGCUGGUGGCGGGUUGCCACCGCCACCCCCAAUCCUCGACCCGAAUGAUCCUUCGUCCUAUGCUGCCGCAGCUGCGGCUGCCGCUGCUGCGGCCGCCGCCGUCGCCUCCUCACCCCUUCCGAGUCAACAACAACAGCCUCCACCUCCUCCUUGCACCUGAUAAUUCCUUAUCGGGGGCUUUACAGUCUCCGAUAAUCGCUUUCAUUCCAUUUUCCUGCUCAAUACAUUCCAAAUAGUUAUUUUUUUUUUAAUUAAAAAAUUUUAGUUUUUUAAUUAAAAAAAAAGUUUAUUUAGUUUCCUCAC